AUGUCAAGACCACGAUCUCAAUCGAAUAACCCCUCGCCAUACAAAAUGCAGAGCGGUCCAUCAUCAUCGCAUUCACAUUCAUCGUCAGGUGGUGGUGGUGGUGGUGGCGCUGGCGGUGGACCACCAGGUAGCUCAGGAUCGUCUCGACCUCCCGGUACGGGAUCCAGCAGUGUAUCGAGCCAGGAGGAAUUGGGUUUGUCAGCUUGGCUAUCGUGUAGUGCUGAUCAAGAGGCUAGGAUAAGUUACGUAUCCGAAUCGAUGCAGGAGAUCUUGGGUUACACCCCGAAUGAUCUUCUGGGCAAAUCUUGCUAUUUGAUCUUCCAUCCGGAUGAAAUACCCAUGUUAAGGGAAAUUCAUUAUCAAGCGUUGACAGAUGAGAAAACCGCUUGUGUGGCUUAUUAUAGGGCAUUACAUAAGGAUGGGUAUUAUGUGGAAUGUUGUUGCUCAUAUUCGACGGUGUAUAAUACCUCAUUGGCAUUGUAUACUAGAGCUGUGGAUGGUCAGCGGACGCUACAACAAGCACUUACAGCCAGAGAAGUGAUCGAAGUGACAUCUGCUUCUCAAGGGAAAUUCGCUAUAAAACGUUGGCCGAGCUCAUCAUUAGCUCCUUUGGCAUCUUCUCCUGAUUCAACGUCGAUUUCCCUUUCUCCUCCGCCAAUAGAUCAUCCUUGGCCCACACCACAUAAACCCUCUCCUCGGACUUUCUUUAUCCUCGAUAGAUUCACCGAUACGAGCAGGGUAAUAUAUGUCAGUAAUGACGUGAUCAUCAACGGAAGUAGGCUGAAGAACCAACCUUUUUAUUCUAUAAUACGACCCUCCGAUCGAGCGCACGUACGGAAAUAUAUCGAAUCCGCCAAACAGUCCAGUCCGAUAAUGUUCAAUGAGAGACGUUCAGGAGGUCAUGGCUAUACCAGAUUUCACAUCUUGAAAAUACCGGAUCUUCCACCCUACGGGGAAACUUGGCCUCAGGGAACGGAUGAAUCUGAGCGUUCCAUGCCCGGGCAAGACUUUAUCCUAGUCGAAGGUAUUUUCACAGCCUCGAGCGAUGGUCUGGCUUGUAUCAUAUCGAAAAUCGCACCUGGUAGAGAAUCGAAUUCGAGAAACAAUUCUAGAGAUGAUAACAGAAGAUGA